AUGGCCGUCAGCUUCAGCUAUUGGGGUGAUUGUGUUGAGCCCCAGGACUUGGAGGCAAUGUGGAACGUUUCUAAUGUGAGUGCUGAAUGGUUAAAAGCUGGAGAGGCGAGAAAUCAAAAGGUUCACAUCUCACGUGAUCCUGAUGGGCAGCCAUAUUUGACACAGACUGAAAUGAGGGCUGUAGCUGACAUUGUCAUCGAAAGGCACUUUCAAUCAGAGAUAGAUCCUGACAUGAUUUGUGCUAUUGCUGAACUUGAAAGUGAUAGGCAACUACUUGUUAUGCGGUCUGACCACAAAUCUAAAGAGCCUACAGUGGGGCUUAUGCAACUUCAAUCCAAAAAUGCUGACUGGUUGAUCAGUGAAUUAGGUUAUCGUUCAUAUGCAGCAGAAGAGAAUAUAGAAUUCCUAUUCAAACCCUUCAUAAAUGUAUACUUAGGUGCGGCUUAUAUUAAAUGGUUGUCAAACUUUGAGGACAAAAAAAGAAGUGAAGAGUUUAUUGUAAGGGCAUAUAAAGGUGGUCCAAAGAAGGCAAUUCACAAAUCAACUUUGCGCUAUUGGAAAAGCUAUCUCUCUGUGAAAGAAAGUUUUUCAUCCAGAAAAUCUAUUGAUGAUUGUCCUCCUCCGAAUGACACUCCAGCACCUGCUCAUUCUCAUACUGGAUCUCCUAUACCUUCUUCAUCAGAAAACUCAAGAGAUGGAAGUGUUGACACAUAUUGGGACACCGGAGCAUCUCCAGAAGAUAUGGAAGCUAUGUGGAAUCAUCCUGAGGUUCGAAAAGAGUGGAAUAAAACCAAAGAAAUACAGGGAAAGGUGCGGUUUUCUCAUGAUGAAAAGAAGAGACCAUAUCUUUCUCGGGUGGAAUUGAAGGCAGUUGCGGAUAUAGUUCUAUACAAAUACCUCAUCACAACGAAAAUCAAAUCAGCAGUACUUUGUGCCAUUGCGGAGGUUGUUAGCAUGCGUUUUGCACAUGGAGUUGGACCACGACCUGGAAUAAUGGGAAUUGACUAUUCCACUGCUUACUGGCUUUACUUGGAAUUGGGCUACAGGGCUUAUAAACUUGAAACUGUUGAUGAUCUAAACAAUCCAUUUGCGUCCAUGUACUUUGGUGCUGCCUAUGUAGCAUGGUUAUCAGAAUAUGAAGGAAGGGAAAGAACUCCAGAGUUUUUUGUUCAAGCAUAUAUUGUGGGGCCAAAAAAUGUGAACCCUCAGGAUACAAGUACUCUCUGGCUCAAAUUUGUGGAAGCUCUCAGCAAAUACGAAGAAAUAAAGAGGAGUAGUGAGAGCUGCACCAUCAUGUAA